CUGAAUACACAGCCAUCUUGGAUCUAGCUACGAGGAGAAGGGAAAUUAAUGCGGUGACAAACGGCAUGUUCAGUGCUACGAGAAAGAAGUUUGUAGAGGGGGUGGAAAGUGACUACCCUGAUGAGAACAUGUACUACAGCCAGCCGUCCAUGUACCCACAUCGGUCGGACAAAGACAUGCUCUCGUCUCCCUCACCGUCGUCAUCAGGUCAACUAUCCCAGCUUGGGGCCAGUUUAUAUGGCCCACAGAGUGCACUAGGCUUCUCGAUAAGGGGCAUGGGUAACAACACGCCUCAGUUAAACCGCAGCUUAACGCAAGGCACUCCGCUACCGAGCCAUAUCACCCCCACCACUGGGGUACCCACCAUGUCCCUCCAUACUCCACCCUCGCCAAGCAGGGGGAUCCUGCCGAUGAACUCGAGGAACAUGCUGAACCACUCCCAGGUGGGCCAGGGCAUUGGGAUGGGCGGCGGCAGGACCAACAGCAUGGGCAGCUCAGGGCUGGGCAGCCCCAACCGCAGCCCCCCCAGCAUUAUCUGUAUGCCCAAACAGCAGCCUGCACGGCAGCCCUUCACCAUCAACAGCAUGUCGGGAUUCGGGAUGAACCGGAACCAGGCGUUUGGAAUGAACAACUCGUUAUCAAGCAACAUCUUCAAUGGCACAGACGGCAGUGAAAACGUGACGGGGCUAGACCUGUCUGACUUCCCUGCGUUAGCAGACAGGAGUCGGAGGGAAGGAAGCGCAAACCCAACGCCACUACUUAACCCACUAGCUGGAAGGGCCCCCUAUGUUGGCAUGGUGACGAAGCCAUCGAACGAGCCGACGCAGGAUUUCUCCAUCCACAACGAGGACUUCCCUGCACUGCCUGGGCCCAACUACAAGGACUCCACGUUGAGCAACGAUGACAGCAAAACAAACCUAAACUCUACAGGCAAGAGCACGUCCAGUGCAGACGGUCCUAAGUUCCCCGGAGACAAGACGAGCUCAGCACAGAACAACAGCCAGAAGAAAGGGAUCCAGGUGUUACCUGACGGGCGGGUGACGAACAUUCCCGGGGGAAUGGUGACGGACCAGUUUGGGAUGAUUGGCUUGCUGACGUUUAUCCGAGCAGCGGAGACGGACCCGGGCAUGGUGCACUUGGCACUGGGGAGUGACCUCACAACGCUUGGACUCAACCUCAACUCUCCAGAAAACCUGUACCCCAAGUUUGCUUCCCCCUGGGCAUCAGCACCGUGUCGACCUCAAGACAUUGACUUCCACGUCCCCUCUGAGUACUUAACCAACAUCCACAUAAGGGACAAGCUGGCAGCUAUUAAACUGGCGCGGUACGGUGAAGACCUGCUGUUCUAUCUGUACUACAUGAACGGAGGAGACCUGCUACAGCUCCUGGCAGCAGUAGAGCUCUUUAACCGGGAUUGGCGGUACCACAAAGAGGAGCGGGUGUGGAUCACGCGGGCGCCGGGCAUGGAGCCCACACUAAAGACCAACACCUAUGAGAGGGGGACCUACUACUUCUUUGAUUGUCUUAACUGGAGGAAGGUAGCCAAGGAGUUCCACCUGGAGUACGAAAAGCUAGAAGAGAGGCCCCACGUCCCAUCUACCUUCAACUACAACCCAGCUCAGCAGGCCUUCUGAGGCCUAGUACAGUCCCAGGGGGACCGCUGUCCCUGCAUACCUUCCUCCCAGCCUGAAGAGGAUGGUGCGCUGCGGCCCAGGCAUCCAUCCUGGUUUUUAUUCCUUGAGGAUCUGGCUAAAAUGACUUCAGAGGAGGCGCUCACCACCGCGUAAGGGUGGGGAAAAUUGAGCCCUGCCUUUCCCAAAUUAUGUGCUGCCCAAACACCUCCACUUGUUCUGUUUUUAUUCCUUUCCUUUCAUCGUUUUUGUUUUGUUUUUGACCAGGAUCUGUGUUUUGUUUACGUCUCUGAAUCAGAAGCCUGUUUGGUCCAAGGUAGGAAAACGGACAAUACCGACACACUUUACAGUGACAGAACAAGGGUUAUGCCUCAUCUCCCCCCCACCCCCCAAGUGUUAAGAACAGAGAAAGGUGGGGAAGGCUAAGCCAACAAGUACCAUCCCACACGUGAGAACGAAAGGGCGGAAGAAGUGCAAUGUUCAUUGUUGCAUUAUUUAGUAAUAAAAGAACACAAAGAUUGUUUGUGCUUUUUUUUCA